AUGGCCGAAGAACAAUCCCCCAAUCCCUCAACUCCAUGGGCAUCAAUGCCCCAGCGUAAACCAGUUCCGUCUGCGCCGACCGUGACCCCUGAUACCGAGGCUGCGACAGAGACAGAACACCCACCCUUAACACAUACCAGUCUAGAGGAACAAAAGUCACCGUAUAAACAGUCCUUUUUCACCUCAAUAACCUCCUGGUGGGCGAUACAGAAGCGACCGCGCAAAAUUCUAAUAAUCGGACUUGUUGCUGGUCUCUUCCUUAUCGCACUCAUUAUCGGCCUCGCGGUCGGCCUGACAGUGGGCAAAAAAAACUCGAAAUCAAAUCUUGCCUUACCAACAUCCAAUGGCGGGCCUUAUUCUGGAGAUUUGACAUAUUACGCUCCAGCACUUGGAUCAUGCGGCUAUACCAACACUGAGUCUGAGCAUGUACUUGCUGUCUCGCAUAUCCUUUUCGACGCUGCCUCAACAGGCUCGAAUCCAAAUGACAAUCCACUAUGUGGACUUAAGAUCAGAAUUCGGCGCGAUGGAGAGAGUGUUGAUGCGAAAGUUGUUGAUCGAUGCGUGGGUUGUGCUGAGACUGACCUGGAUGUGACAGAGUCUGUUUUCGAGAAACUGGCUACCCUGGCGCAGGGGAGAGUCACAAUGGAAUGGGCCUGGUUGGAGAAAGCACCUGUGAAUGCUUCGUCUCAGCGAAGGGAUACCAAUAUAGCUUUGGUGGGCAACUAUGUGGAUCUUCAUGUAUAG